GAAUAGUUAUCUGUUGCGGGAGCUGGGAACCCCACUACGCACUCUGCAUCUUACUUCUUGCUUAUCACCUCGUGGAUUCGGUACUCGAGGAGGCGAGCAUACGCAGGAUCACAGCAUAUAGCAUAUCCAUCCACGCUUUCGCCUCGACCGACGCCUGACGACUGAAGAGUUGUUCCGCUACUAGUACUAGGACCUAGACCUCCCCCAACUCGACGAAGUGCCUGCUUUCUUCACUUCGUGCACCUGGAUGGGCAUCUGAAGCUCGAGCCGAUCCAUUUCAUCCCACAUCAAAAUCCGAAUCGAAGCGGCAGCUAUACCGGAAAAAUGAGCCACGCGGGGCACGGCGGUGGAGGUGGAAGCAGCGGAAUCACGGUGCGGGAGGACCCGUUUCUGGCGGAGGUGUACUGGAUGUUUGCGGGAGGAAUCAUUGCCAUCGCUACACUGGUCAAUCUGAAGGAGCACAUUGAGUUCAAGAUUAGGAUGCGGCAGGUUGUCAGUGGAAAGUGGGAUCCUGCGAGGCCGAAGAACGCACUCUCGAAGACGUUUGCGACCAUCACUGCUAUCGCUAGGGAGUUUGUGAAUUAUCCCAUCCCGCUGAUACGACGGAGGGAGGGAUGGCGGGGGAAGAUCCUGACGUGGUUUCCAAGACUCACACACCUUCCGCCCUUCGGAUACCUCUGGCUGAUGGCGUCGAACCUGACGUUGCUCCUUGCUAUCGUCUUCUUCGGGUACGAUGUGAACAACGGCCGGAUGUACGAAACGAUUGGCGUGCGCGCUGGCUGGAUGACGGUCACGCAGCUCCCGCUCGUGUUUUUGAUGGCAGGGAAGGCCAACAUCGUCGGGUUCCUCACCGGAACCUCCUAUGAGCGGCUGAACUGGAUGCACCGGUCUGUUUCAAGGUGUCUGUUCAUCACCGCGCUGACGCAUAUGGCGUACUACCUACGGUCCUGGGCGCGCUUCGACUAUAUCGACCGGAAGCUCGAGAUUGACAUACACUCACGACGAGGGCUCGGCGCGUUCCUUGUUCUUGCCUGGUUGAUGGUGUCGAGUGUCGCACCGUUAAGACGUUGGAGAUAUGAGCUCUUCGUGCUGCAUCAUAUGAUCGGCGCGAUCGGGUUCUUGGUCAUCGUGUGGAUGCAUGUUCCCGUCGAAGCCCAGUUGUACGUGUGGUUUCCCGUAGCUCUAUGGGCCUUCGAUCGCACGGUGCGCUGGGGAUUCCUCGCAUACCACAACUUGUCUAUCUUCCACCCAAAGCCAGCGUCAUCUUCCACCAAGCGCCCCUCCGUCUUCGCCUGCAAAGCCCUGUUCACACCAAUGGCCGACAGAACAACCCGCAUCACGAUUCGAAACCCGCCAAUGACCUGGCGCCCAGGCCAACAUGCAUUCCUCUCUUGCCACUCGUUGGCUCCCCUGCAAUCCCACCCAUUCACCAUCUCCUCACUACCCUCCGACGGCGUCCUCGAGUUCGUCGUCCGCGCACACUCCGGAAGCACUGGGAAGGUUCACAAUCACGCCUGCUGCCUCCCGCCGCAGUCCUCCGAGUGCAAAACCGUCUUCCUCGACGGCCCGUAUGGACGACUCCGGCCGCUCGAGCAAUUCGAUUCCGUCAUCCUGUUGGCCGGAAGCACCGGUGCGAGCUUCUGCAUUCCGCUCCUGAGGGAUCUCAUUCGCCUGAGGGAGCUGGGCAAGCCGCUGGUCACUCGCCGCAUUCGCUUUGUCUGGGUCGUCAAGAGUCGUGGACAAGUCCGUUGGUUCUCAAAGGCGCUUGGUGCAGCGCUCGAGUCGGUAUUUAACACAAACGCCUCGGCCCCCAAUCCCGGUCGCAGACUCGAGAUAGAAGCAAGCAUCUAUGUGACCUGUGACCUGGAGUUGACGUCGGAGAUUGAUGGCUCCUCCUCCGCCACAUCCUCCAAGACGACGCCGCGGUUGUCGUCGGACACCCAGCUCGACGGGAGAACAGAAAAGGACGCCGCACAGAUCGAGGAGGCGGAGCAAACCAGCUGCGGGCCAAACGGAACCUGCUGCUGCAGAGCGGUGGUGGAAGAUGAAGACUCCAUCUCCCCCUCCGCAUGCUGUUGCUGCACCACCACCACUCCACCUUCGAGCCCGCCAAAGCUCUCCCGUGCCCAGACGAGCACCAGCUCCGUCCAUCGCACGCUCUCCCUCCCCCCGUCGGUCAAUUUCCUCGCCGGACGGCCCAUGGUGAGGAAUCUCAUACAGAAGGAGCUGGAGCGCGCUCGCGGCGAGAGUGCGGUCGUCGUCUGUGGUCCCCUCGGAUUGGUACAGGCCACGCGUGAGGCCGCCGUGGGACUUAGCGAUGAGAGGGCUGUGCAUAAGGGGACGGGGGCGCAGGGUGUAGGUUUUCCACUUCCACUGCUGCAUAGAGCAUGAGGCUGACGGUGAAUUCACAGAUAUAUUUGCAUACGGAGGCGUUUUCUUGGUAGUGAUUAUGGUUAUGGUAAUGGGAAUGGGAAUGAGAAUGCACUGGGUUUGGUUUGGUUUGGCGUUGCGGUGGGAUUUCGAUUAUCUUUAUACUUGGUAGAUUGUUGAAGCUUGUUUUUGGGAUCGUCUGGCAUCUACCGGAGGUCCGGAGGGGCACGUACAUACACAUGUUACAUGUACAUACAGAUGUACAUACGGAAUGUUGAAGCUCGUGUCAUACAGUAGCUCAAAAUUUGUGUAAUCAUCAUGACUUCUUACUCGAUCCAGAGUUGUGACUCG